AUGUUUAGAUCUCCUUGCAAGAUUCCGGCGAUGAAAACGUUUGAGCAGAAGAGCUACGUGGGCCUUAAACCACCGUCGUAUAACGUGAAGAUCAAUCAUUUCCGAAGCACAAAAGUUGCUUGUCAACUGCAAAGGUUCGACUCCACCAUGACAUGGCCAGUAAAUACUCACGAGGCGCUUCUAGUGCCGAGUAAACUAGCUGCGCCUCCAGUGCCAAGUAAACCAGUCGAGCCUCUGACUGAUCACCAUCUUCAGCUAAGUCGGCGUCCACGUCGUAACCGGAAGUCCCCUACGCAGAGAGCUGCAUUUCAAGAGACUAACAUCUCUCCUGAAAACUUCAUAUACCCACUCUUCAUUCAUCAAGGUGAGGUAGACAUUCCGAUAAGUACGAUGCCCGGACGUUACAUUCUUGGCUGGAGACACGGGCUCAUCGAAGAAUCUCCAACAGGGGAAGAGGCUUUCAACGACAACGGUCUAGUGCAAAGAACAGUUCGUCUCCUCAAAGACAAAUUCCCUGAUCUCGUUAUCCACACUGAUGUCAAUUUUGAUGAGUACUCAACAAGUGGGCAUGGUGGGAUAGUAAGAGAAGAUGGCGUGAUAUUGAAUGAUGAAACAAUUUACCAAUUGCGCAAACAAGCAGUUUCUCAGGCCCGAGCAGGAGCAGAUGUUGUUUGCACCAGUGAGAUGUUGGAUGGUCGUGUAGGCGCGGUUCGUGCAGCUCUAGAUGCUGGGGGAUUUCACCAUGUUUCCAUCAUGUCUUACUCUGUCAAUUAUCAGAUAAACCCAGCAAAUCUAAGAGAAGCAUUGAUCGAAGCACGAGAAGACGAAGCUGAAGGAGCUGAUAUUCUAAUGGUGAAACCAGCACUUCCUUCUCUCGAUAUCAUACGCUUAUUGAAGGACCAGACUCUAUUGCCCAUUGGAGGUUGCCAGGUUUCCGGUGAGUACUCCAUGAUCAAAGCCGCAGGACUUCUCAAGAUGAUCGAUGAGGAAAAAGUAAUGAUGGAGUCACUGAUGUGCAUACGCCGAGCUGGUGCAGAUCUCAUUCUCACUUACUUUGCUCUUCAAGCUUCUACAAUAUUGUGCGGCGAGAAUAGAAAAUUUGUAUUCUAA